AUGAAGAGAUUAUUUAGAUUCGGCAGUAUAAACGACGCCAACGAAGGACGUCUCGAUGUUCAACGACAUAUGAAACCAUCAUCAUCUUCAUCAUCAACCUCUAACCUGCCACGUGCCCGUUCCAACAGCAAAGUUACUGCAGCCAUUAAAUCAAAUUCGAAUAAUAGUGAUCCUACACAAUUAAAAUGUCUAUUUAACAUUCAUAUAUUCGCAUUGGAAGAUUUUGAUUUAAUGACACUUGCAUCAUCAUUAGAAAAAGUAAACGAAAGUGGUGGAAACUCCAAUUUGGGACGUUCAUCAUCUUUUGGUAAUAAUAAUAGUGGAAAUGUUUCAAUUCACACACUAGGACACAAAAUGUUCCACAAUUACAGUAAUAAUGAACCACAAAAUGGAAAUGAAACUUCCAGAAGUACAAAUAGUGGAAUUUCAAGUGCUUCUCAACGUUCAGAAGAUUCUGAAUCGAUUGCAGUUUCUAAUGCCCUAAUGAAAUUGUUACAAUCCAGAUAUUCCAUUCAUUGGAAAGUAUUGCAAAAUAAUGAGGAAGAAUCAAGUAUUUCAUCACUUUUUAGUAGAAGUGGAUCGAAUAGUUUCGUAAUUGGUGGAGCAACUGAACCAGCAAAUGUCAUUUCAAAAACAUGUUCCAAUGAUGCAAUUUUUGAAGAUUAUGAUUAUAUUAAUACGUGUUGGAGUCGAUCCAUGUCUCCAUCGACAAAUCCAAACUCGACAAAUCAAAAUUCACCAAACUCUAAAAAGAAUUCCAUUAUUUAUUUGGCAGAUUUUAAGGAUUAUGAAUAUGAUUUUGUGUGUGAUUUUAAACCAAAGAAGGAAAAACCAUUAACUGAAAUAAUUAACAUGUUAAAUUCGAAUAAUGGUUCAGGAUCUGGAAGUGGUUCACAAGAAGAUCCAUUUUUACCAUUCUAUGUCAAGAAUAUGCAAUCGUUAUUGGAAGAUAAACCCCUCGUUUUGGAAAUUAGAGAAUUGAAAAGUAGUGGCAGUGGAAGAAUUACAAGUGAUAAGAGAAGUGGUUUUGUCAAGUUGAAUUUGACAGAUUUUGUAACUCCUCCACAUAUGAUUUAUUGUGGAGUGGGUUCAAUGAGUAGAACCAUUCUCGUUCCAGUUAAAUUGUCAAUUGAAGCUCCAUCAAAUUCACCUCUAGUAUUGACAGCCAAAUUGAGAAUGCAAAUCAGUUCAAUGUGGCUUACCGAUAGUAUUUCAACACGAGAGAGGCAAACCUCUAAAACUGUACCAACAGCUCCAAAAUAUGACACCUUCUUUUUAAUUGAUGAGAAUGAGAGUUAUUUGGUUCCUGACUCGUUGGUGAAUGGACAAACUACGACACGAAGCAAUGAUUCAGUUUCCUCUGCACCAAUUUCAAUCAAAUCUGCAAGAUCUUUCAAUGGAUCGGCUCGAAUCGAUUCUGAAAAUACGCCUCCUCAAAUUGUCUUUCCACAAUUGCCUCCAGAAUCUCCUCCUCGAAAGAAUAGUGGAGGUAACAAUACCAUUACCAUUUCACCACUGAUGGUUAAAAAGUUCUCAUCGAAUAAUAACCUCUCUGUGAUGAAUAAUUCCAAUUCGGUUCCCUAUUCUCCAACGAAACCCUUCUCUGAGAAUUCAUUGGCCACCUCCAUUCAACAAGAAAAAUUGGACAUGAAAAUUAAACAACUCGAAGAUUCAUUGAAAAUGCAACAAGCAACAGUUAGGGAAGAAAUUGAACACGUAAAGAAGGAUAUGGAAGAUUUGUACUCUAUUUUGGAAAUUAUAGAAGCUGAAAAGGAGGGAUAUUGUAAAAUGUCCAUUCCAGAAGUUUCACUCAAUGCUUCUCACGAAACUAAAUUCUUUGACAUUGAGGAGAGAUUGAAAUAUUUUGUGUAUUGUGACUUGCAAGGAUGUAAUCAAUUGUGGAGUAUUCCACACGAGGACAUUACCAAGAGUGUUUCAAUCUAUUUUGAUGUUUUGAGGAGAUGUCUCAAGGAAAAUAUGGGAAUGGACACUACACCUGCUGUGAAACAUGAUGAAUUCCACAAUAUUGUGAGUGAUUCAGUAGUGUGUGGAUUUGAAACUGCGAGACAAGCUCUCAAAUUCUCACUCCUAGUUCAAACUAAAAUGAUGGAUGCCGAUUGGCCAGAUUCUCUUCUCUCACUCGAAGGAAUUUGCACCUAUCAGAAGAAUAAUAUCAAACUCUUAUUUAGAGGACUUCGUUGUCGAAUGGGUAUCUCUGCUCGUUCUAAAAAGUUCACCGACUCAACACUGCAAGCCAUCAGGAGAGCCUCAAUGAUAGCUCAAUAUGCACAGGGAGGUCAGACACUAGCAGAAGCUCAAGUAAUGGAAAAUUUGGCAAUUGAAAAGCAAAAUAAUACAUUGCCUCCAGAUACUAAUACUAUUGAAUCACUGGUUCAGAGAUUGGACAAUUGUGUCACUGCCAAGUCAGGUCUCAAGAACACAACCUUGUUUUUGGUUAUUCCAAAUUCAUUGAAGGAGAGAAGAUUUAAGGAUUUGAAACGUCAAAAUUCAUUCCCUGUUCUAAACUCAAAGGCCACAUCCAGUCCUACAGUAGCAACAACUCCAACAACUACCUCCUCAACGAUGGAAGAAGCUACUUCACCAUCGAAUUCAAAUUCAGUAGAUGCCUCAGAAUUUCCAACCAAUGAAUCAUCUUUGGUUAAUGUAUUAUACUCCAAAUUGAGUUCAUUGAAGGACAAGUUCAGAAAUGAUAUUCAACAAAAAACCAAAGAGAUUGACAUGACAAUAUUCAAAUUACAGUCUCUCCUAGAGACUUUUAGAAAUUUAUUGGCAGAUAAGGGAGAUAAGGAUGCAUUCCAAAUAGUGGAGAAUCAAUUUGGAAAUCAAUUUAAGGAAUUAUCAGAAGAGCUUUCAGAAUUGAAGGACAUUCAAACAACUAAUUUGAGAACCAAGAUGAAAUCGUACGAAACUGAAUUGUUGAGAAUGAGUAUGCAAUUAUUGGAUAUUCGUGUUGCUUCUCCACUUCUCACUUUCAGAACUGCAGUUCUACCUGAACCAGAAAUAUCACAAGAGACAACCAUUGAAUCAAUUGAGAGUACACUUUCACAAUUACACGAUACUCCAGAAGAACCAAUUAUAACCACCUCUCCAAUCACACCUCGAACAACAGUUGUACCUGGUGAAAAAUUGAAUCGUCACUUGUUAGAUCUGAUGGAACACAAUAAUUUAAUGAAGAGAAAGAUUCAAAUGUUGAGUGGAAAUGAUGACAGUUGUUCUUCACCAACUGCUGAAAAUAUCAGUAUUUAA